CAAAGCUGCCCAACACAUACACGCUGUCAGACAGUUCGCGUCGGUCGGCAAAAAGGCAAUUUUAUACGGGCGAAAAUUUGUAAAAACGAAGAAUUACCCAGUUUUAAAUAGAUUUCGGUCGGCUGCAGGGAGAGAGAGCGAGGGCAAACGGUCGCGCAGACCGAUAAAACGUGCUAAUCCGCGACAUAAAACUGGAUAUGCAAAAACGCUCGCGAAGGGUUUUCAGUGUUCAGCGACAAUAACCGGAAGGCAGGAGGGACGGGAAGGCGGCCGGAUAAGCAGGAGCACGACGAGGACUUGCGCUCAUCCGGGAAAUCGGUGGAGACUGCUGCACUGGCUCCGAAAUCCACCUCGGGACUGAUACCAGCCGGCAACAUAGUAAAAUAACAUGUAUCCCUCACCGGUGCGUCACCCCGCCGCCGGGGGACCACCACCUCAGGGCCCAAUCAAAUUCACCAUCGCCGACACACUGGAGCGCAUCAAGGAGGAGUUCAACUUCCUGCAGGCGCAGUACCACAGCAUCAAAUUGGAGUGCGAGAAGCUGUCGAACGAGAAGACGGAGAUGCAGCGCCAUUAUGUUAUGUACUACGAGAUGUCCUAUGGCCUUAACGUGGAGAUGCACAAGCAGACCGAGAUCGCCAAGCGGCUGAAUACGCUGAUCAACCAGCUACUUCCAUUCCUACAGGCCGACCACCAGCAGCAGGUGCUGCAGGCGGUGGAGCGGGCGAAGCAGGUGACCAUGCAGGAGCUCAACCUGAUCAUUGGGCAACAGAUCCACGCCCAGCAAGUGCCGGGCGGACCGCCACAGCCAAUGGGUGCAUUGAAUCCAUUUGGCGCCCUGGGCGCCACCAUGGGUCUGCCACACGGACCGCAGGGUCUGCUGAAUAAACCGCCCGAGCAUCACAGGCCGGACAUUAAGCCCACGGGCCUGGAGGGACCAGCAGCCGCCGAGGAGAGAUUGCGCAAUUCGGUUUCGCCGGCUGAUCGUGAGAAGUACCGCACACGCUCGCCGCUGGACAUAGAGAAUGACUCGAAGCGUCUAAAAAAUGAGAAACUGCAAGACGAUGAAGGCGAGAAAAGCGAUCAAGAUUUAGUCGUAGAUGUUGCAAAUGAAAUGGAAUCCCACUCACCACGCCCCAAUGGCGAGCACGUGUCCAUGGAGGUGCGCGAUCGGGAAAGCCUAAAUGGCGAGCGGCUGGAGAAGCCCAGCAGUAGUGGCAUCAAACAGGAACGUCCGCCCUCACGCUCCGGCUCCAGUUCGUCACGUUCCACACCCAGCCUCAAGACAAAAGAUAUGGAAAAGCCGGGCACACCGGGCGCUAAGGCACGCACACCGACACCCAACGCUGCCGCUCCAGCGCCGGGCGUUAAUCCUAAACAAAUGAUGCCGCAGGGACCACCACCAGCCGGCUAUCCGGGGGCACCGUAUCAGCGACCGGCCGAUCCCUACCAGCGUCCACCGUCGGAUCCAGCCUAUGGACGACCGCCACCAAUGCCGUACGAUCCACACUCACAUGUGCGAACCAAUGGCAUUCCACAUCCCUCGGCCCUGACGGGUGGAAAGCCUGCAUACUCUUUCCAUAUGAACGGUGAGGGUAGCCUACAGCCGGUGCCGUUUCCGCCGGACGCGUUGGUUGGUGUUGGAAUCCCCCGGCACGCCCGUCAGAUCAACACACUGUCGCACGGAGAAGUUGUCUGUGCGGUGACCAUCUCCAAUCCCACAAAAUAUGUGUACACGGGCGGCAAGGGCUGCGUGAAGGUGUGGGACAUCUCGCAGCCGGGCAACAAGAAUCCAGUCAGCCAGUUGGAUUGCCUGCAGCGUGACAAUUACAUCCGGUCGGUGAAGCUGCUGCCCGACGGGCGCACGCUGAUCGUUGGCGGCGAGGCCUCUAACCUGUCCAUCUGGGACCUGGCCAGCCCAACGCCACGCAUCAAGGCGGAACUGACCUCGGCGGCGCCGGCCUGCUACGCCCUGGCCAUUAGCCCUGACUCGAAGGUGUGCUUCUCGUGCUGCAGCGAUGGCAACAUCGCGGUGUGGGACCUGCACAACGAAAUCCUGGUGCGCCAGUUCCAGGGCCACACCGACGGCGCCUCGUGCAUUGACAUCAGUCCGGACGGCUCCAGGCUGUGGACGGGCGGCUUGGACAACACGGUGCGCUCCUGGGAUCUGCGCGAGGGUCGCCAGCUGCAGCAGCACGACUUUAGCUCUCAAAUAUUCUCGCUCGGCUACUGUCCCACAGGCGACUGGCUGGCUGUGGGUAUGGAGAAUUCGCACGUUGAGGUGCUGCACGCAUCGAAACCGGACAAGUAUCAACUGCAUCUGCACGAGAGCUGCGUUCUGUCGCUGCGCUUUGCCGCCUGCGGCAAAUGGUUUGUUUCCACCGGCAAAGACAACCUGCUUAACGCAUGGAGAACACCCUACGGUGCCAGCAUAUUCCAGUCGAAGGAAACAUCAUCCGUACUUAGCUGCGACAUAUCAACUGACGACAAAUACAUUGUGACGGGUUCGGGCGAUAAGAAGGCUACUGUCUACGAAGUUAUUUAUUAAAUCCACAAAACCAA